AUGGGUAAAAGAAGAAGAGCUGCUAUAUUACCAACUAACAUUAUUUUGUUACAAAAUGUUGUUCGUCGUGAUCCAGAAUCAUAUUAUGAAGAAUUUGUACAGCAAUAUUCUCAUUAUGAAUCCUUGAGAGAUAUCUUUUUAAUGAACCCUUCAGGAGCUAGUAAGGGCACUGAGUUUGGAGAGUUGAUUGGUUUCGUUUCAGCAGUAUGUGAUUGUUAUCCAAAGGAAACAAGUAACUAUCCAGACGAAUUGAAGAAUCUUUUAUUGAAUAACCAUAGAGAUUUAUCACCGGAAUUGAGAGAAAAAAUUAUUCAAUGUUUAACCAUGUUAAGAAACAAGGGUAUUGUUUCGGCAGAAUCCUUAAUUCAAACAAUUUUUCCAUUGUUAUCCGCAUAUAGUAACUCAUCUGCUGCUUCAGUGAGUGGCCAACAUAUCAAAGCUUUAAGGCAUCAAAUUUACAGUACAUUGAUUUCACUUUUAAAAUCGGUAAAUACUAGUUCCAAGAACCAGAAGUUAAACAGAUCUACUCAAGCUUUAUUAUUCAAUUUGUUAGAGCAAAGAGAUGCCCAGGGAUUAUGGGCCACAAAAUUAACUAGAGAAUUAUGGAGAAGAGGUAUCUGGGAUGAUUCGAGAACAGUAGAAAUCAUGACCCAAGCGGCUUUGCAUCCUGAUGUUAAGGUUGCUGUUGCCGGGACGAAGUUCUUUUUGGGUGCUGAUAAAGAAAGAGAAGAAAAUUUUGAAGAUGAUAGUUCAGAUGACGAAAAGUUCGAUAUGGGAGCCUUGAAACAUAGAUUUCAAGUCCAAAAGAAAUCGCUUAAGAAGACUAAAAAAUUAGAGCAAGCAGUUAAAACAAUGAAAAAGAAAAGCAAUGCCAAAAAUGCUACAACAUAUUUGAAUUUCUCGGCUAUUCAUUUGUUAAGAGAUCCCCAAGGGUUCGCAGAGCAGUUAUUUGCAAGGCAUUUAAGUGGAAAGAAUUCUAAUAGGUUUGACUUAGAUCAAAAAAUUUUGUUCAUGAACUUGAUUUCCAGAUUAAUUGGUACACAUAAGUUGACUGUACUUGGAAUAUAUUCAUUCUUUUUGAAGUACUUGACUCCAAAACAAAGAAACGUUACUCAAAUUAUGGCUGCUGCUGCGCAAGCAUCCCAUGAUUUGGUUCCACCAGAAUCAAUUUCGACUGUUGUUCGUAAGAUUGCCGACGAGUUCGUUAGUGAUGGUGUUGCAACAGAAGUUGCUUCAGCGGGUAUUAAUACUAUUAGGGAGAUCUUAUCAAGAGCACCAUUGGCCAUCGAUCCUACGUUAUUACAAGAUUUAACCGAAUAUAAGGGAUCUAAAGCAAAGGCAGUUAUGCUGGCUGCUAGAUCUUUGAUUACUUUAUAUAGGGAAGUUGCACCACAAAUGUUGUUAAAGAAAGAUAGAGGUAAGACAGCUAGUAUGGGAUUACAAGUCGGCGAAAAGAAUAAAGCACCACAAUUCGGUGUUGAAAGUUCCGUUGUCACGUCUAUUCCUGGUAUUGAGUUAUUGGCCAAAUGGAAGAAAGAACAUGCAAAUGGUGAAGAAGAUGAUGAAAACAACUUAGAAAAUUGGGAAGUAGAACAAGGUGAUGUAAGCGAUAUUGAGGGUGACUGGGUUACAGUCGAAUCUGACAAGGAGUAUGAUAUCAGUGACUCUGAAGAUGAAAAAGAUGUCAAAGAGGAUGAUGCUAAACCAGUGGAUGAAGAGGACUCAGAAUUGGAUCUUUCUUCGGACGAAGAUGAUGAUGAUGAAAAAGAUAGACCUGCUAAGAAGUUAAAGAAGGCAGAAGAGGUAGACGAAAAGAAAGAAGAAGCUAUAGAUGCAGAAAAAGCAAUGGCUGAAUUAUUGUCGAGCAGAAUAUUAACUCCAGCAGAUUUCGCAAAAUUAGAGGAAUUGAAAGUCCAAGCAGGUGUUGAAAAGGCAUUGGGUAUUAAGCCCAAUGAAGAAGAGGUCGAUUCGACAACAUUGGUUGGCAAAAUCAAAUACAAACAAUUACGUGAAGAAAGAAUUGCUGUAGCUAGAGAAGGUAAAGACGACCGUGAGAAGUUUGGUUCUAGAAGAGGUAAGAGAGACGCUCCUCAUUCUACUACUAAUAGAGAGAAGGCAAGAAAGAAGAAUUUCGUUAUGAUGAUUCAUAAAAAAUCUGUGCAAGGUAAGCAGAAGUUGUCAUUACGUGAUAGACAAAAGGUUUUACGUGCACAUAUCACGAAGCAGAAGAAACAAGGCCAUUAA